AAAGUCGCACCUAAACGACGACGAAUCGUAAAUGGUCAAUAAACCGGUUGAUACGUUAGGUUAGACCCGAUACUGUCUGUGAGACGCGUGCUAUAUCCGUUCGUGGCUGCUUAACAACGUCUAUAGGGAUGAAUGAAAUUGCGGAUGGACCUUGAAUCGAAAACUGUCCCACCGGCAAACGAUUCACGACGCACGACGCGACGGUAUCAGUCGAGUGGAUGCAGCCGAACCGAGAUGAUGGCGAGUUUCCGCGUGUUUUGUUUGAUUUCAAUCGUGAUUGGUCUGAGUUGCGCAUCACCGGCAACGAUUGAUGAUAGCGAUGAUCAAAUGUCAUUUAGAAAUUUCAGAGUGUACGAGAUUAGACCUUCAUCACGCGAUCAGCUGAGAGCAUUACACGAUCUAGCUAGUAAUGAACCGGGGGUAGAUUUCUGGAUGUCACCGGGUACCGGUCGAAGUUCCUCAGUUAUGGUGACACCGGAUGCAGAUGGCCCAUUUCGCGCGUUGCUUACACAUCACAACAUUUCGCAUCAAGUAGCGAACAAUGAUGUUCAGCAAACGAUCGAUCGUGUUAAUCAACAGCAAACAAAUCGCCAAAAACGAGACAUGCGUGGGAGAAAGCGAACUUUCGCUUUCGACUAUAUUUGGAAGUUGCAGGAGAUUUACGAUUAUUUGGAUUACCUGGCCGAAACUUAUCCCAACUUAGUGCGACUUAAAAAUUUCGGUACCACUUUCGAGGGUCGUCCUCUGAAGUUCCUCACGAUUUCAAUCACCGGAGAGGUGAAACAAUUUCGACCGGUUGUUUUCGUAGAUGGCACAACUCAUGCCCGUGAAUGGGCCAGUCCAAUGGCUGUUCUUUACUUGAUUCAUCAGCUGGUUGAAAAUUCGAUGGAUAAUGUUGAUCUGCUGCGGAAUACUGACUGGGUCAUUGUGCCGAUGGUGAACCCGGAUGGAUACGUUUAUUCACAUGAGAAGAAUCGCCUCUGGCGCAAAAAUCGAUCCCGCGUUAAUGAGCUCUGUGAAGGCGUCGAUCUGAAUCGUAAUUUCCCCUUCCGGUGGAGUUUUACUGGAGCGCAAUGCAGCAUAGGAUACGCCGGACCAACUCCAGCAUCGGAACACGAAACCCGGGGAAUGAUGCUGCUGAUGGCCACCUACGCGCGCUCGAUCAAGGUCUACCUGGCUGUUCAUUCAUGUGGAGACUACAUUCUUUACCCGUACGGCUACGAUUACGUUGCAGCGCCAAACGCCGCAGAUCUUAAAGCACUGGGUGACAAAGCGGCCGCUGCCGUGACUGCCAUCGGUGGACCGCAGUAUCGGGUGGGAAGUGCCUCGACGUUACUUUAUCCGGCCAAUGGCAGCGAUGAUUAUAUUUACGGAAGUGUUGGGGUCGAGUAUUCCUAUACGUUGGAGCUGAGCUGUGGGAAUUCUGGUGAUGGAUUCAUCAUAACCGAUGCCGAGAUGCAGAAGAUUAUCCAGGAAGCGUUCGAGAUGUUUAAGGUUUUUGGAGAAUUCGCUAGUCAGCAGACAGUUGCGCCUAUGCAGAAUGUUCUUUUUAAGGAUGCGCAGGAACAUUGGGGAUUUCAGCUGUAUGUUGUUAGUCCGGAAUAUCCUGAACAGUUAGAAAAAUUGUAUGAGUUACAACAAAAUAAUGAUUACGAUUUUUGGGAUAAGCCUAGACUGAACAGGAAGGCACGUGUUAUGGUAAGCAAUCUUGAUGUAGGCGAGUUCGAGGAAUAUUUGGAAAAGCACGAUAUCGAGUACGAUUAUGUCGUGGAAAAUGUUCAACAAUUUCUAGAUAAAGAAAGGAAGAGAAAUGAGGAACAUCAUAAAAAGGUUAAACGGAACUUCAAUUCGAAAGCUGCUCCAGAUCUAGAACACUAUUGGACUUUGGAUGAGAUCUACACCUACAUAGAUCAACUGGCUGCAACCAAUGAAAUGGUAACGUCUUUUGAAAUCGGGAGAACAGCUGAAAACCGUCCAAUCAAAGCAUUGGGUAUUUCUAAAACUGGUGAGAUUUCCAUGGAGCGACCCAUCGUAUUCAUGGACUCAGGAAUUCACGCCCGUGAAUGGGCUGGUGUGAUGUCGGUUGUCUACAUGAUAACUCAGUUUGUUGAAAAUUCGGAGCAAUUCCUCGAUCAAUUAGAAAACACCGAUUACGUCAUAAUCCCGGUCAUGAAUCCCGACGGCUAUGUCUACACUCACGAGGAAAAUCGUCUGUGGCGAAAGAAUCGAGUUCAAAACAAUGUUUUGUGCCGCGGUGUAGAUCUGAAUCGCAAUUUCCCAAAAGCGUGGGCUUUCGCCAGCAACGAAUGCACCAACAAUUUUGCAGGAACGGGACCAUCAUCGGAAGCUGAAACUCAAGCAAUGAUGGACUUCAUGGCCAGAUUCCAGAAGGCCAUCACCAUGUAUAUCGCAGUACAUACAUAUGGGGAAUUGAUCCUGUGGCCGUGGGGCUACGAUUUCAUUCAUUGCGACAACGCCCAAGAACACGACGACCUGGGAAAACAAGCUAGGGAUGCCAUUGUAGCCAUUGGUGGCGAUGAGUGGGAGGUUGGAAAUUCGGCUGAUGUUUUGUACCUUGCAACGGGAGCUACCGACGAUUAUGCCUAUGAACAGGGUGCACGAUUGGCUUACACUAUCGAGCUGACCGGUGGAGGAUAUGAGGGUUUCGAUCUGCCCGUUGAGAGCUUGGGAAAAGUCAUGCGAGAGACAUUCGAAAUUUUCAAAAUUUUCGGAAAGUAUGCAGGAACUGUACCUUUGCCUUCCUCCGAGCAGUUAGAGCUUGAUGGCGAAUAACUAUAAAAAGUGUUCAAUGAAAAGGUAGACAGAUAAAUAAAUCCGUGUGUGUAUUUUAA